GAUUCUUCUCAAUUAAAGAGUAUCAAGAGCAAACCGGUUGAUGUAAGAACAUCAUCAUCAAAAAGAAGAAAAAAGCAAAAAGUUAGAUCAGAAAAAGAGCUGAUUGAUGUUCCAAAGAAACGAAAGCAUUAUAAUAAGUUUCGUAAUAUGAUUUCUGAUCAGAAUGUUAAAUGCGAAUCAGCUCUAACUGAAGAAGAUAGUAAAGAAGAUAGUGAAGAAGAUUUUGACGUAACGAUUGAUGAGGAUUCUACAGAAGAUGACAGUCAGAGCUUGAACGAAGAUGAGAUUCUAUUUGAACGAUUUACUGCUCCUAAUAUUGAAGAUUUUGAACCAGAAACUGUUGACACUAAUAAAAUUGAUAAUUCGUGA